AUGGAGCCUCAGAAGCUGUACGUGACGUCCGCCAACGCAAGAACCUUCGUGCACUCAGUCCUCAUCGCCAACGGGGUCUCCUCCGAGCACGCCACGAUCGUCGCCGACAGUCUCGUUCUGGCCGACCUGCGCGGCGUCGACAGCCACGGCAUUAACCGGCUCCCCUCGUACAUGGCGCGGAUCCGCCAAGGGGUUCUAGCAGCCACGGCAACCCCGACACUGACGCAAGUGACGCCCGUGGUCGCCCAGGUCGACGGACAGAACGGGUUCGGCUUCGUGGCGGCGCAGCGCGGGAUGGCGCGCGCGAUCGAGAUGGCCGCGGAGUUUGGCAUCGGCUUCGUCUCGGUGAAACACUCGAACCAUUUCGGCAUGUCGGCGUGGGUGGUGCAGCAGGCCCUCGACGCCGGGAUGAUGAGCCUGGUCUUCACCAACUCCUCGCCCGCUCUCCCGGUCUGGGGCGGGCGCGAGAAGCUGAUGGGCGUGUCGCCCAUCGCCUGUGGAGCGCCUGCGGGCGUCGAACGCCCCUUCAUCCUCGACAUGGCGCCCUCCGUGGCCGCGCGAGGCAAGAUCUACAAGGCCGCUCGGAGGGGCCAGUCCAUCCCGUCGGACUGGGCGCUGGACGCUGCAGGACAUCCCACCACGGACCCGGAGCAGGCCCUACAGGGUGUGAUGCUGCCCAUGGGUGGUCCCAAGGGCUCCGCGCUGGCCGUCAUGAUGGACGUCUUCUCGGGCGUGCUGUCUGGGUCUGCGUUUGCAGGCCACGUCACGAACCCGUACGAUCCCUCGCGUCCCGCGGACGUCGGCCAUUUUCUCGUCGCCAUCAAGCCCGACCUGUUCAUGUCGCUGGAGGAUUUCAAGGCCCGCAUGGACUAUCUCUACCGGCGUGUCGUCGGCUGUGACCGCAUGCAGGACGUCGAUCGGAUCUAUUUUCCUGGCGAGAUCGAGCAGACAGUCCAUGAUGAGCGGCUGCGUACAGGGAUCCCUUACGUCCAGGCGGAGAUUGAUGCCUUGAAUGCCGAAGCGGAACGUGUUGGCGUCGACAAGAUUAUCGUUUCGGAAUUGGGUAGAUAG